CAGUUGUGGUGUAAAGUGAUUACCGUGAUUUGUGCUGGAGGAAACUAUUAAAGACAAGAAGACAAUGGAGGGCUGCGGGAGCAAGCCUGAGUCACUGUGCCGCGUGUGCGGAGACAAGGCCUCAGGCAAGCACUACGGGGUGCCGUCCUGCGACGGCUGCCGAGGUUUCUUCAAGAGGAGCAUCCGCCGCAAUUUGGACUAUGUGUGUAAGGAAAGCGGCCGGUGUGUGGUGGACGUCACUCGUCGUAACCAGUGCCAGGCGUGCCGCUUCUCAAAGUGCUUGAGCGUUAACAUGAAAAAAGACGCGGUGCAGCACGAACGGGCACCACGACCCGUCAUCGCUUCACAUCAUCAAUUAGCGUUACAGAAACUAGGAUACGGAGUCAAUAGACAAAGCAUCUUCCCACCAUCAACUCACCUGCCUUUCCCAGCUUUUCAUCCAUUUUCUACUUAUAAUAAUAUGUCUUCUCAUCACGAAACGUUUCAAACUUCACAUGCGACUUUUCUACCAAGCUCUUAUCAAGACCUUCCGUUGUCAAGACUUCCCGAAACGGUUCUAGAAAUGCCACAACUUAACCCCAUCCUAGGCUCUCAAAUCGGAUCUCUUAGUUCGCUCAACCCGUUCAAGAUUCCGCUGUUUUCGACUUCCUUGCAUUACCCCGCUCCGCAUCUAAGCUAUUUCCCGUCAAACAUUUUCUAUCCGCCUGCACCUGCAACGUCAAGCGAAAAUUCCAAUGCAAGUGCGGAACCAACGAAACCAGUGCAAGAUAUAAAAAUGCCCGUGUAUUCGUUGACUCCCAAUGAAAGAUCAAACUCGCAGCCACCAGACAAAGUCAAAGAAGAUGAGGUAUCAAGUUCUGAAGAGGCUUUUAAGGCAGAUCCUGUCGAUCAGAAUAAUGAGGAUACGAGACGUUCUCCGAAUAGUUUUGAACCUCCGAUUCAUAUAGUAUCAAGGAAUGUACCUCUUCUGCACAUAUCUAAUCAAAAUGAUGCUGCUUCAGAAAAAAUACAAACUUAUAAUAAAAUAAUUCGGAAUGCAGAAAGUACAAAGCUAUGUGAUGAGGUCGCACUUGAGUCGAGGUCGUGCAAAUCUGUAUGUGACAGCUGGAUGAUGCCCAGGGAGGAGUGCUACAACCCCGCGGCUAAAGUUUUAGUAACAUCUAUAAAAUGGCUUCACAGCGUAUCAUCUUUUGCCAAUUUGAAAAGUACGGAACAAAAGACUUUAUUGCUAAAUAAUUGGAAAGAAUUAUUUAUUCUUAGUGCUGCUCAGUGUUCAUUUUGUUUUGAAGAAGAUCACGUGCCAUCACAAAUUUGUUUGAACCGUCCGCAAAUCAAAAAGGAAAUCAAAACACUUAAACUCAUUCUAGAACGAAUAUCGGCGUGUGGAUUAGACAAAUCUGAAUAUGAUUGGUUGAAAUCCACAUUGUUGUUUCGAAUAGACGUUGCGGACAUUUCGCCACAUAUAGAAAUGCUUCAAGACCAGGCGCUGCUGUCGCUUCAGAAACACUGCGCGGCCAAGGAUCCCUCCCGAAUGGGUCGGAUCAUGCUGCUGCUGAUAAGCACCUGCUCCUCCAUCAGCCAAGGGCUUCUAGAACACAUCCUCUUCCCUUCGGCGUCCGUGGAAGAAAUAAAUACGAUACUAAGCCGUAUAUUAUCUUAUACAAACACAGUGUAAUCACGCGCUGCUAACUAUAAUAAUUCAAGUCUUUAAUCGUAUUGUGUUUCUUUUACUUACUAUAAAGCUUUACUUACGUUGUUAUACGGACAUUGAUCUGAUUUAAUAAAGACUGCAAAUUAAAUUUAAUCAUAGCUUUAAGUAGGUACUUUUGGGGUUCUUUAUUAUUAGUAGGUACCUCCAUCCAAGUAAGUAUAUCUGACCUAAGAUUAAAAUUGUAUGUAGUUUAGUGUUUAGUUUCUCAAAUACCUAUUUGAAGUCUAUAAUCGUACAAAAUUGAUUUUCUAGUGUAACCACAGUGUUUCCUAAAUGCUAGACUUCGCUAGUCACCUUUUUUGGUAAGGAGUCAAAACUAUUAGAUAAAUUUAAUGACAUACAGAAGAUGCUAAUCAGAAUGAAAAAGUAUACUUUCUAUAUUUUAGCGGAACUGUUAUGACUCUUCUUCAGGUGUUCCAGAUCUUCGAUUUUUAUACCUCAACAGAAAAUGCUCAUUAGACUGAACAACUUUUAUUAGAGCGUCAUUUCUAUGUUUCCUAUAGUUUAGCCGUACCAUAAUUGUUCUCCAUCAGGUGUUCCAGUUUUCAAAAUCCCCUACCUUAUAUGUUGCCCAGGCUUGAUAGCUAUAUAACAAAAAAGUUUCAUUCUUAGUUCAGAAGAUUAGCGUGUACAAACAGACAGACAUACAAACAAACAAUGUUUUUGACACCAGUGUUAGCUUUAGCAGUGCUCACUCGAUACGGUGAUGAUUAUAGAAAAUUAUAUGAUAUCGAUCUCAGUUUGAGAAUUGUUUACAGAAAGAAAAUAUUCAACUCCCAACUAACAUUAUUUCUCUUCUGUCUAUAAAUACCUAGUUCAAUAAUUAACAAAAUAAUUUGUGGUUAUUUAAAUUAUAAUAAUUUAUCAUUGUAGUAGUGGUAUCUAGUUAGCUUAUGUGUAGUUUAUUUAUAUUUAUUUUUAAAAACACUCUCCUGAUGAUUUUUCACUUAAAAUAGCUUUAUUUCGUGAUAAUAUAGCUAGUUUCCUACGCUUUAUUCACCAAACUAAAUACUCCUACCUUAGUAAAGCAAUACAUAAAAAAAAUACUUUGUAUUAAUUUUAAUAUUUGCUAUAUUUAUGUGGUAAUUUUAAUUCUCGCUAAGUGAUGUUAUGUUACUUAUUAAAAUUGUGAGGUGGCGCUAAUGCGCCGGAGUAAUCGACAAAAGAAUUCGCUAGUCGUACUUUUCUAAACUUAGUAACAAUGCACUACUUUGGUGCUUCCUCCACCGUCUGCUAUAAUCAUUAUUGUUACGUAAGGAUAUGGAAUACACGACUAGUCGAAUUCUGGUAUAAUACAAAACAGCUGCAAUUUAAAUAUUUACGAUUCGUGAAAAUGUCGCAAGCGCGAUUUAGAUGUUCAUCAACUAUUGUCAAUACAGCAGUUUGUUUUUUAUUUUUUAUUGUAUAUAUCAUUAGAAUACGCAUAAUGAAGCAAAAAUGUCAAUGAAAAAUUAAAAUAUGUACAAAAAUGAAAAAGUUAUGGAUCUUUUAAAUUCCGCCUCGAAUAUACAUUUCCGUUGCGUUUGUCGUCGCUUAAUCAUUCUGCUUCUACCGUAACUAGUUUGUAGAUUAUUGUGUGUUAGUAGAUGGCGCCAUUAAUGAAACAAAGUACGAGUAGGUAUGUAACUAUACACUAAACUAAAGUUGAAUAUUCUAAACAAACAAUUUAAAAUAGCUCUGCUCGGAUGAAAAUAUUGAAAUUGAUUUUUGAAAUUAAUAACUAUUUGUAAAUUGGACUAAACUACACACUACGUGUAGUUUUUAUUAACCAACAAAAUAGUUACCUAUGAGAUUUAUAAGUAGAUAUUUUAUAAAUACACCACACGCCUUUUAUUGCGUGUAGUGUGGAUCAGCCUUAGAAUAGGACCGCUCCACAUCCUCCCGUUGAUGUCGUACUAGAUACAGCCUGCUGUUAAGCAACAAUAGCAUUUCCAAAGAGCUUAUUUAGCUUGUAAUGGAAAUGGG